CCCAAUUUGCCCGCGCAAACACCAGCCAAGGUUUCGAGGAGGACACAAGUAGCUCUGACCUCUACACGCAACAUGGCUCCUAAAACGCGAUCAAAAUCGUCGUUUCAAACGGCCUCUAUAGAUUCCGGGUCGGUAUACUCAUUUAAUGAGGCCGGCACAUUGUUUGCUGUGGUUGUUCCGGGGUUAGAUGCUCAAAGACUGCGAGUUUUUGACACUUCAACUGGAUCUUUGAAAAGUGAAUAUGCUUUUGAAAAACAGGGAAAAAUAACGUGUUUUUGCUGGGGAAAAAAGGCUAGAAAGGGAGAAAAGACUCUGGCUCACGAAAUUUCUGGCGCCGGAGAGGUUAUAGUCGUUAGCAGUGAAAACGGCGGUGUUUCACUGUAUGCAGAGUCAUUGGGAGAUGUAACACGGAACUACAAGUUUCCAAGCAUUGGAAGCAUCACUGGAUGCUCCUUGUCCGGCAGCAAUGGCUGGAUUAUGGACAUUGACGGGCAUCUUGCUCAAAUUGACGCCAAUUCUGGUGACGUGAAAAAGCAGACUUCAAUCGAAGAGCUGGGAAAAGAGUUCUCGGGCCUUUACAAAGCCCCCGUUCGGACGGACCUGUAUUUCGCUACUUCUCGAAACGCUUUAUUGCUUCAACUCCCAAAAUCCGAACCGCUGGAUGUUCUCACAGCACACACAACGCUUAUUCAUUCCCUCGAGUCUUAUUUUUGCAAAGAAGAGAACGCUAUCAAGUUUGCUACUGCAGCUGCGUCGGACCGUUUCGUCAACUUGUUCGUCAAAACUCUUCCGAAACCCGAAAAACAGCAGGAGUCUGGUGAACCGGACUCUGACGACACAAAAACCGCUUUCCCGCACAAGAAUGCUGCAAUUGAAGUAUCUGCCGGAGGUGUAAAGACAGCCGGUACACUGGUGUGUGAUUCUGAAAUUUCUCAGAUUUCCCUUUCGGCUGCAGCAAAACAAGCGCCUGUUCUCGCUGCCUUGACAGUAGAUAACAAUGUCGAGCUUUUUGAACAACCAUGGGUUUCGACGAAGGGUGCCGGCCGCGGUUCCGGCGCUCUUGCCUCGUUUUCUCGCCGUAACAAGGUGAAUACAAAAAAAUCCGUUCUAAAAUUGAGAAUUGUUCGUUCUCGUGGGGGUGCUGCUGUUCCUCUUCGCUCGUUGAAGCUGCUUUCUGCAGAUACACUUGUGCUUUCUUGGGUGGAGGGCGCCCGCACUGUGUUUGAAAGCAUUCAAUGGCGUUUGUUGUCUUCUCAAAGCGUAGACGGUGUUCUUGAAAUUGUUCGCUCCAAACCUCAGUCCUCUGUGGCACGCCAUGGUGCGCGUUCGACGACUACGUACGAUGAAAGCAAUACCCGUGUUGUUUCAGGAACACGUGAACAGUUUGCUGCAUCUGCAGACCAAGCUGAUGCUAAUGAAGCGUCGGGCGUUGACGAGCAGGAACCUAGUCUUGCUGAGCGUUUGCAGACGUUGAAUCGUAUAGACCAGCAAGCUCAAUCAGCUCCUCUUAGCACAAAAUCUGCUUCUGCUUCUUUGGCUAGUGUGCUGACUCAAGCAUUGCGUACAAACGACAACACCCUACUCGAAUCCUGUUUCCAUCAACAAGACUUGGCUACCAUCAAUGCUACGAUCCGACGUUUGGAUGGUACGCUUGCUCCUGGUCUUUUGUCAAAGUUAGCCGAACGUAUGGCCAGUCGCCCUAAUCGUGCCGGCGUAUUAAGUCAGUGGAUCCGAGCGGUUCUUAUUCACCAUGCUGCUCAGCUUUCUGUUGUUCCUGGCUUAAAGGAGCGCUUGGCAGACCUCUUUGCCGUGCUUCAGGCGAGAGCUGCUGGCUUCUCUAGACUCAAGGCACUUCAAGGAAAACUGGAUUUGGUGAUGUUUCAAGUGGAGUUACGAAAGGCCGGCGGAUCAAAAGACAAUGCAGAAAACAACGAACCAUUGUCGGUUUACUAUGAGCAUUUAGAUGAGACGAUCAUCGAGGGCUACUCUGAUGAUGAUGAGGAAAGUGAUUCAGAGUACGACGAGGACGAGGAUCAGGAUAGCGAACUUUCGCAAGAGGGUGCCGAGCUUGCGGGUUCCGACAUGGAAAACGACGAAGAUGAGCAGGUUGUUCAUGAGGAUGACGGAUCUGAAGAAGUGUCUGGCGACGAACACAUGCAAGAGGAUAACGAGUAAGUUGGGCUACUUUUUGUCACCAAGCUUCUUAAACUCUUUCAACGUGUGUGAACCAGCUAUAGCCGACUUUACCCGUAUCCUGCACAUGUUUUUUCGUUCUUCCUUUGACUUAUCGCGUCGCUUUUCCCACACUUUUUCAUUUCUUUUUGGCAGCGAUACUCGGUUUUUUGAUAAAAAAAAGUUGAUUGAUUCCUUUCUUCCAUUCUGAGAGGUGUGUACAUUUCACUAUUACACACACAACUCUCUCAUUUUAAUCUUCCAGACACUCUUUUUGGCGCUUAUUAGGCGCAUUGGGGCUAUUGUUUCGUUUUUGUUUUCUCCGAGUUAUGUAAUGUUUAGAAAUAAGAUAUUUCUUUGUUAUGGGGAUUGUUUCUUUGGAUUCCUGACGCUGUUUACAUGCGAAUGAGCAGCAGAUGUCCU